CUUGAUUCAACCACAUCAUUCCACUACAAAUAUAAUACCCAAUCAUUUUCAUAUUUAUUUAUAAAAGGUUUUUUUAUAUUCGAAAGUAGCUAAUAUGGGAAAAUUACUUCAACUUUUAGCUCAUCCAGAUGAGUUUAAGGCAGCCAUUCAAUUGAAAUUCUUUAGAAAUUCUCUUCAUGUUCGUGAUCCUGCUUCUCAAGCACAAACAUUAACUGAUUGUUAUGUUUUGUUGAAAAAGACUUCUCGCUCCUUUGCUGCUGUAAUUGAAGAAUUACACCCUGAACUUAAGGAUGCAAUCAUGAUUUUCUACUUGGUUUUGCGUGCCUUGGAUACUGUUGAAGAUGAUAUGACCAUCUUGCCAGAAAUUAAAACUCCUUUGUUGAGAGAAUUUCAUGAAAAAUUAAACCUUAAAACUUGGAGUUUCAACGGUAAUGGUCCAAAUGAAAAGGAUAGAAUUGUUUUAACAGACUUCAAUGUCAUCUUGACCGAAUAUCACAAGUUGAAACCAGAAUAUCAGGAUAUUAUCAAGGAUAUAACUUUGAAGAUGGGUAAUGGUAUGGCUGAUUACAUCUUGGAUGAAGAAUUUAACGUCAAUGGUGUCAGCACUGUCAAGGACUAUGACUUGUACUGUCAUUACGUGGCCGGUUUGGUUGGUGAAGGCUUGACCAAAUUGAUGGUUCUUGCCCAGUUUGCUAAUAAUGAACUUAUGGAAGAUAACUUUGAAAAAACUGAAUCAAUGGGUCUUUUCUUACAAGAGACAAACAUUAUUAGAGAUUAUCAUGAAGAUCUUGAAGACGGAAGAUCCUUCUGGCCUAAGGAAAUCUGGUCUAAGUAUACUGACUCAUUACCAAGCUUCCACAAAGAUACUUCAGUUGCUAGUGAAAACCAAGGUUUGUACUGUAUUAGUGACCUUGUUUUGAACUCUCUUGGUCAUGUUAAGGAUGUUUUAACUUACUUGCUGUUGGUUAAAGACCCUUCAUGUUUCAACUUCUGUGCUAUUCCUCAAGUAAUGGCCAUUGCCACUUUGGCAACUAUUUACAAUAACCCAGAUAUUUUGCAUAAAAAUGUUAAAAUUAGAAAGGGUACUACUUGUAAACUUAUUCUUAACAGUCGUACAUUACCUGAUGUCGUUAGAAUAUUCAAGCAUUACAUACAAGUUAUCAACCAUAAGUCAAGAGUGGAAGAUCCAAACUAUUUGAAGAUCGGAAUCAAGUGUGGAGAAAUAGAACAAUACAUUGAAUCAAUGUAUCCAUCUCCAAACUCAAUUCCUGCUGGAGUCACCAAGAAGUCCACAGAAAUUGUUAACAAUAUCAAUGCUAGAUCCCAUAUUGACGAAGAGGUCUCUGAAUCAAUUAAGACUGAAGAGCUUCAUUGUAACUUGGUACUUGGCGCCGUUUUAUUAAUUGUUUCCGGUACUAUCGUUUACCUGUUAAGUUAGGAGAAUAAAGAGAGAAAAGAAUAGGAUGAGAGAAUGAAGAGUAAAAGUGUUGUAUAUUAAAUAUUUCUAUAAAUAUCAAGGACUAGUACAA